UGAAUCUUUGUUGAUUUUAUAACCUGACCUUGAAAUAAUCCAGUUUGUUUCUAUUCACAUAGUGUUGGUGUGUACUCCAUCAUACUUAUAUACCUCAGAGUGCUGGGGAUUACAUGUUGCUGGACUUACUUUAACUUGGGAGGCGUGGGUGAGGCUUCCCUACCUUUUCCCCUUACAGCACCGGACCGGACCGAAUGUGCACGUUUCGGGUCCACUAGAGGAAACUUUUGAUUGAGGAACAGGGCAGCGGAAUUGACGCGUGGUGCAGCGUGAAGACAUCAGAAGUCACACAGAGGAGUAAGGAGGACUCUCGGAGCGUUUGCCACUACUUGUUGAUGGACUCCAACUACCACGUUUGCCCUUAAAGGGACACUCAGGUGUCUCACGGAAAUGGCAACACGAUUAAGACCAGCCAGCAAAAAAUGCACAGUAAUUGGCGGUAGUGGUUUUUUAGGACAACAUAUGGUGGAGCGUUUGUUAGAUAAAGGAUACUCUGUCAAUGUGUUUGAUAUUCGUCAGGGAUUUCAGAAUGAGCGGGUGCAAUUUUUUAUUGGUGAUCUCUGCAGUAAAAAGGAUCUUAUUCCAGCAUUGCAGGGAGUGAAUGUAGUUUUCCAUUGUGCUUCACCAGCCCCUUCAAGUGAUAAUAAGGAACUAUUUUACAAAGUGAAUUACACUGGAACAAGAACUAUUAUUGAAGUCUGCAAAGAAGUUGGUGUGCAGAAACUAGUAUUAACCAGCAGUGCGAGUGUCAUCUUUGAAGGGAAAGACAUUAAAAAUGGAUCUGAAGAUCUUCCUUAUGCCAAGACACCUAUAGAUUAUUAUACAGAAACUAAGAUCUUACAAGAGAAGGAGGUUUUAGGUGCUAAUGACCCAGAAAAUAACUUUUUAACUGUUGCCAUUCGGCCUCAUGGGAUAUUUGGUCCACGAGAUCCUCAACUGGUCCCUAUUCUUAUAGAUACUGCAAAAUCUGGAAAAAUGAAGUUUAUGAUUGGGAAUGGAAAAAAUUUAGUAGAUUUCACUUAUGUGGAAAAUGUAGUCCAUGGUCACAUUCUGGCAGCUGAACACCUACAGAAAGACUCUCCGCUGUGUGGGAAGGCAUAUCACAUUACAAAUGAUGAUCCUAUUCCAUUCUGGACAUUCUUAUCUCGCAUUUUGAUUGGUCUGAACUAUGAAGCCCCACGGUAUAAGAUCCCCUAUUGGUUAGCUUACUAUCUAGCCCUGCUUGUUUCACUGCUAGUGUUUAUAUUGAGGCCAGUUAUCAAAGUCAAACCAACCUUUACACCGAUGAGGGUCGCUUUGGCUGGAACUUAUCAUUAUUACAGCUGUGAGAGGGCCAAAGUAGAUAUGGGCUACAAACCAGUUGUCAGCAUGGAUGAAGCUGUGAAGAAAACCGUACAGAGCUAUUCUCACCUGAAGCGAGCUAGCUAAAUGAACAAGCACAUUUUAAUAUUGAUGCAGUAUUUUUUUAAUUACAUUUACAUGAACGUUGGUCAUGUUAUCCUUUUAAUUUUAGCAAUGUCACAGUGAUCUAAGUGACUUGCUACAAUUUUCUCCAGAGUGAGCUUGAUAUGUUGAAGCAUGGUGAACUCAAAAUAAAGCCACCCUAACCUGUUCAUAUUGAUUCUAACAUUCCUGUUAAGUAUGAUAUACCAUUAUGCUAUAAUUAAAUAAAGGGGGAAACGAUUGUA